AUGAUUGGUUUUGAUGUUGGAACAGCUGCAAAUGCAAUUAGAGUUGUGGAGGCAGUACGCUUGAUUGUUCAUGCCGUAUCAUUGGGUGGAACCGAGUCAUUAAUGGAACAUCCGCUAUCGAUGACCCAUGGAGGCGAACUUCUAAAGGAGGUGACAGAGCCGAUGGUUCCCCCUGGAUUACUUAGACUGAGCUAUCCUGGGCUGGAAUCACACCCUACACAUGAAGCGGCGAAGAAGUACAUGAAGAACUGGAGUGGAAUGAUCGGUUUUGAUGUUGGAACAGCUGCGAAUGCGAUUAGAGUUGUGGAGGCAGUACGCUUAAUAGUUCACGCAGUAUCAUUGGGUGGAACCGAGUCAUUAAUGGAACAUCCGCUAUCGAUGACCCAUGGAGGCGAACUUCUAAAGGAGGUGACAGAGCCGAUGGUUCCCCCUGGAUUACUUAGACUGAGUAUUGGACUGGAAAAUGCCGACGAUCUGAUCAAGGAUUUGGACAAUGCCUUGGCGCUUAUUUGA